AGAGAGAGAGAGAGAGAGAGAGAGAUUUACUGGAAUCCGAAUGGGAAGCUCUAAUCCACCAUCGGAGAACGAUCUGGUCUUGUUUUCAUCCCGAAAGCUUUGCAUGAACGAAGGAAGGAGGAGGACACGGCGGAGGAGAGAGAGAGGGAGAGGGAGGGAGAGAAGGAUGCUGUGAUGCGCUUGUACUGGGAGAGAUGGAGGGAGAGGGAGGGCAUCUAAAGAGGGUUGUUUUGUCCGAAACGGAUGUUUGCUGUUUACAGGCCUGAUAAUCACUACAACGAUGCACACUAGAGAUCAAACCUCAGUGUUUCAAUCGGGACACAAUGCAAUAGAGUCGUAUUUGUGUGUAGGACGCGCGCGCGUGUGACUCUACGUGUGUGUGUUUGUGUGUGUGCGUGCGCUUUGAUAAAGCAGAACACGCUGCAUCCCUCACCUGUGAUCACAGGCCUUUUGCGCAUUGAGGAUCCGGUUUAUGUUUCCAAACAGCCUCCUUUAUGAGGUUCGAUACUAGCAAAUGAUGACUUUGAAAAAGGACGACGAUGAAGUGAUCGAGUGUAGGAGAGCUGGUGCAGAAACGACGUGUAGAAACGACCGAUAUUAAGUCGUCCACGCUGUACUGGGGACUAAACGCACCGUGCGUAAAGAAUAGCGUAGUUUGUGAGCGCGAAUGUCAUUGUGAUUAUGAUCAUGGUUAUAGAACUUGAGAGAUCGGAACGAUGAGCGCAGAGAUGGGACGUUUAACAACAUCCUUGUAUACAGGCCUGGCCACAUGCUGACGCUUCAACAACAACCCUACAGGACUCUGGAGAGAAUCUAGAUAGGAGAACCUUGUCACUUAUUGUAGACCACGCAGGGAUGAUCUGAGGAUAUAAUAAGUACUUAAGGUUACAAGUUUUAAUCAAUCUGACAUUAAAGCCUCUUUUCGCCAUGUCAAAAGACCCGACUUGCAGCCAGACGGCUCAGUAUGUGGGGCCAUACAGGCUGGAGAAGACACUUGGGAAAGGACAGACAGGGCUGGUGAAACUCGGGGUGCACUGCAUCACGGGCCAGAAAGUAGCCAUCAAAAUAGUGAAUCGAGAAAAGCUCUCGGAGUCUGUGCUCAUGAAGGUGGAGAGAGAGAUUGCGAUCCUAAAACUAAUCGAGCACCCACAUGUUUUGAAACUUCACGAUGUCUAUGAGAACAACAAGUACCUGUAUCUGGUGUUAGAGCAUGUGUCUGGAGGCGAACUUUUCGACUAUUUAGUGAAAAAAGGAAGACUGACGCCUAAAGAAGCCAGAAAGUUCUUCAGGCAGAUCAUAUCCGCUCUGGAUUUCUGCCACAGUCACUCCAUCUGUCACCGAGAUCUGAAGCCAGAGAAUCUCCUGCUGGAUGAAAAGAAUAAUAUCAGAAUCGCUGACUUCGGCAUGGCCUCCCUACAGGUGGGGGACAGUCUGCUAGAGACAAGCUGUGGAUCUCCACAUUACGCUUGUCCUGAAGUGAUCAGAGGUGAGAAGUACGACGGUCGGCGAGCGGAUGUGUGGAGCUGCGGUGUGAUUCUGUUCGCUCUACUGGUGGGUGCGCUCCCUUUUGACCACGAUAACCUGCGACAGCUUCUGGAGAAGGUGAAGAGUGGAGUAUUCCACAUGCCUCACUUCAUUCCGCCUGACUGCCAGUCUCUACUCCGUGGCAUGAUCGAGGUGGAUUCGGAAAAGAGGCUUACGCUAGAUCAAAUCCAGAAGCACGCCUGGUAUCUGUCAGGCCGUAAUGAGCCGUGUCCAGAGCAGCCUCCACCGAGGCGUGUGUGUGUGAGACGGAUUCUUUCUCUGACUGAGCUGGAUCCAGACGUGUUGGAGAGCAUGCACUCUCUGGGCUGCUUCCGAGAUCGAGUCAAACUGACCCGAGACCUGCAGUGUGAAGAGGAAAACCAGGAGAAGAUGAUCUAUUACCUCUUACUAGAUCGUAAAGAGCGCUAUCCCAGCUAUGAGGAUGAAGACCUGCCACCCAGAAAUGAUGUAGAUCCUCCACGGAAGCGUGUGGACUCACCCAUGCUGACCCGUCAUGGCCGGUGUCGGCCAGAGAGGAAGAGUCUGGAGGUGCUGAGUGUGACGGACCAGGGAUCCCCGACACCCCCCCGCAGGGCGCUGGACACCUCUGCACACAGCCAGAGAUCACGAUCAGUAAGUGGAGCAUCUACCGGUCUCUCCUCUAGUCCUUUAAGCAGUCCCAGGAGCCCGGUGUUCACAUUCAGCCAAUCAGACGUCGCCACUGCCACCAAACCCCGUACUGCAAGCUCGCGCGAGUCUAAAACACAGACUCUGCCAUCCAAAACUCCCCCUGAACGACCCCGUCUCCAUUCCAUGAAAUCCCUUCCACUUCGCUCUUCUUCCUCACGCUCACCCUCUCCUUCUCCACUCCUCUCUCCUCGCCCUCGCUUCCUCUUUUCCGCUGCCCCAUCAGCUGCGCUGAAAUGCGUCACUAAAUGCUCCUAUCCGAUGUCCCAGGUGACCCCUCAGGGCUCGCCUCUGCCCACACCGCUGGGCACCCCCGUCCAUCACCCCCACCCUCCCCCUUCCUCCUCCUCUUCCUCCCGUGCUGAAGGAGGAGGAGUUGGCUCACUCUCGCUGACUCCGCCCACUAGCCCAGGAGGAGGUGGGGCUGGCAUGGCAGCAAGUAGCUCCGCCCACUGGAGGACCAGAUUCAAUUCAUUCAAGAACAACCUGCUGGGCUCGCCGCGCUUCCACCGCCGCAAGCUGCAGGUGCCCACUUCAGAGGACAUGUCAAGCCUUACACCAGAGUCCAGCCCUGAGCUGGCAAAGCGCUCCUGGUUUGGCAACUUUAUCAGUUUAGAGAAGGAAGAGCAGAUCUUUGUGGUGAUCAGAGACAAACCGCUCAGCUCAAUCAAGGCGGAUAUCGUACACGCCUUUCUCUCUAUUCCAUCCCUCAGCCACAGCGUGGUCUCUCAGACGAGUUUUCGGGCAGAGUAUAAAACUUCUGGAGGCCCUUCUGUAUUCCAGAAACCCGUCAGGUUUCAGGUGGACAUCGCGUUCUCCGAGGGAGAGCGGGAAAGGGAGCGGGAACGAGAGAGGGAAGGAAAAAGGAAUUAUGGAAUCUAUAGUGUGACUUUCACCCUCAUAUCAGGCCCGAGCCGCAGAUUUAAGAGAGUGGUGGAGACGAUUCAAGCCCAGCUGCUUAGCACACAUGACCAGCCAUCAGUACAGGCUCUCGUGGAUGAAAAGAACGGCCGUCCUCACGGCACACCGACCAGACAGAACUCGCGACGCUCAGAAGGAGGAGCUGACCGCUGCGAAUGGGUUGAGCGAGGCGAGGCUGGAGCCUUACUCCAGAGAAGAGGUUCAGCCAAAGAGAGAACCCGUCUGCUGUCGUCUAAUGGAACCCAAUCACAGCCUUGAGAAGAAGUGUUCACCAGUCAUCAUUAACCAUGGCACAACACUCAUAAAAACUCCUCAUUCACUCUCCUGCUACAAUACAGCAUGAUGGUAAAGUCUUGUGAAUUUUUUUAAAAGAGGUGUUUCUUAAACAAAAUUCUGAUUAAACAAACAGUUUCACUUUAUUAUAGUCCUAAAUGAAACAAGACAAAGAGCCAGAUUAGAAAAAAAUCAUCAGUACAAUCCUAGCGUCUGAGUAAUUCUAUAAUCUUCGUUCUAUACGUGCUGUUGAUGGGCAUCGCGACUCACUUAAGUGAUUCAGUUCAUUUCAUUUGUUUUAAUAGAACAGCCUCCUCAAACACUAAGUGGGUUACAACAUUGACAGCUGCGGUAACCUACGUUCAUGGUUUUACGUAUGUAUGUGAUGGCUUUAAGACAGAGAUUGUAUCACAAAACAUGUAAAUAAUUCUGAAAAUUCAAUUUUAGUGUGUAUGUGAUGGUCAUGUUUCUUUUGUAGAAGAACUUAUGCAAUUAUUAUUUGCAGUCUUGUUGCCACUUCCAUGGCUUAAGUAGUUAUAUUUGGAAUAACACACAGCAGGCCAUGUGGUUAUAUGAAAAUAAUCCAGGCUGGAGUGUAUCAUCUGAAGUGGAUUAUUUUGCAUAUGACCACAUAGUAUGGAGUGUGUUAUUCUGGGACUUUCAAUAUUGGAUGUAUUAACGGAUAACACGAUGCACCUUUUAAUGGUUUAAAGUUAGAUUUUAAGUCAUGGAGUAUCUGUGAGACAGGUUAGUUCCUGGUAUCACCAGCAUCUCUCUCUCUUACUUUAUUUAUUUUUUGAUAGAACAUCAACACAUCGAUUCUUAUGCUCUUUUCUUUGUAAAACGGUGGGGUUUUUUCUUUGUUUUAUUUAUUUAUUUUUCAUUUAUAGUCAUUUAAAGUACUACUUCAACGACGGGAAAAUCGAUCAAAUGACUAGCCAUAGCUAGGGCCUGUGUUUCCACCUCAGCUUGUUAAAACCAUUAAACAAAAACAAACUAGCAGCAUUUUCUAACGAGACAUUUUUGUCUCUGUGUGUUUGUUUUGUUACAGUUAAUAUUUUUUACAUGACACAAUACUACCAUACACCUUUUCUUGUUGGUAAGUUGGUAUCCGCAAAGCUAUAAGAGUAUAUUGUAUAUGUAUCGUUUACCUCAGAUUGUGCAUGGUGUAACUUUAAGUAAGAUUUCCUCUAAAAGUUAAUCCAUGGCCUAAUGAUGUACCUUUGAAGUAUGUUAUAUUCAUGUUUAAAGGUAAAAAUGAUGUUCACUGUAUAAGACUGCUAACAUUGGUUAAAGCUCUGGUUUACUGAUCAGUUUAACACUGCUGAGCUGCCGUUGUUGGUCCCUUAAGCAAGGCCCUUUAUUCUCUCUGUAUCAUGACCUCUGUCCCUAACGAACUGGUGGCAUUCGAAGAAAGGAAUUUUAUUGCACUAUAAUGUACAGUUUAUGUGAUAAAUAUGGCUUAUUUAAUAAAUAACAGCUGAAAACAUAUUUACAAUAAAGUACUGUAGAGUAGUAUCCGAUGUAGUAUCAAUAACACAUAAUCCAGUAUGUUUGCUUUUUUAGAUGGUGCUUUAAAAUAUUAACUUAAAGGUAGGGUCUCCAAUUUUUGUUGACAUAUAAAAUCACCAAAACAAAAACGCCCCUAACCCAAAGGGGUCCCACCCCUGUAUUGAUAGCUCCGCCCACACAUACGUACGUAACCCAGGCAACUAAUGGAAAGAAAUGUGUCUUUAUCAUAGCUGAAGGGAAGAACAAUACGAUUGCAGAUAAACAAACAAGCAAAAAUGACACACAAGCAUAAUCAUGCAAAGGACGGCAUAUAUUAGUUCUGUGAAACAAAGCAAAACCAACGUUACUCACCUAUCGAGAAGGAAGAAAGCAACCUCGGCGUCUUAAGUAAAGUUGGCCGCAUAUUCACAGAUUUGAGUUUCCCGAGUCAAUAACUCCUCAGCUAAACGCUGUUACUAGCAAAACACGGUUGUAGCUGCCUCUCUACAUUACUAUUUUACUUGAUUGCCAACAUAUAUACAACAUAGGAAACAUGUAUGUACAUACAUAGCCAAAAGUAUGUGGACACCUAACCAUCACAGUCAUGUAGAACAUCCCAAUCCAAAUUUAGUCCCAUUUCAAUGCUAUACGAUGCUCAACUCUUCUGGGAAGGCUUUCUACUAGAUUGUAAAGCUUGGCUGAGGGGAUUUUCUAUUUAGACACAUUAACGUUAGCAAAGUCAGGCUACUGAUGUCAGGUAAAAUGGCCUGUCAGAGUUUUAGCUCAUCCCAAAGGUGUACAGUGUGUUAUUUUAAACAAGGUUGAGGUCAGGACUCAGUGCAGGCCACUUGAGUUCUUCCACUCUGUCUUCAAACCAUGUCUUCUUAGAUUUUGCUUUGUGCACAGGGGCCUUGUCAUACUGGAGCAACUUUGAGCCUCUUAAUUGCAGUGAAGGGACAUUCUAAAGCAUACAAUGACAUCCUAUAUAAUUGUGUGCUUCCAGCUUUGUGCUAAGAGUCUAAGGCAGCGGUGUCCAAUCUUAUCCGCAAAGGU